AUUGGGGAAGGAAAAAAAAAAAAAAAAAAAAAAGCUUACGUCACAGUCAUUACGGGCUCUAUAAAAGCCAGAGUAAUGCAGAUUCACUGUGCAGACAACACAGCUACACACCCUGGCACGAAGCGGCAGAUCACCGAAAUCAUGACUUCAACUGGCUUUGACCCUUAUCUACCUUCCACUUACAAGCGGAGAGUAGUUAUGCGCAAUGCAGGAUAUGGAGCUGGAGGAGGAAUUGGAUCCAGGUCUGCUUACUCCACGCAUUCAGCCCCAAUGCCGUCUUAUGCAUCUUCACGCAGAAGUUAUACAACAUCCACCAGAGCUCCUUCGAGCUACUCCCACAUCCUUCCUGCUGCAGCUGCCACCGAGCUCCGCCUUGAGCAAGCGGUCCAAGUUAGCUCCGAGUUCAAACACCUGAGGACCCAGGAGAAGGCUGAGCUCCAGGACCUCAAUGAUCGCUUUGCGAGCUUUAUUGAGAGAGUCCAUGAGCUGGAGCAGCAGAACAAGCUGCUGGAGACGGAGCUGCUGCUGCUAAGGCAGAGGCAGGCAGAGCCAUCCAAUCUUCGGGCCCUGUAUGAACACGAGAUCCGCCAGCUCCGUGCCACUGUGGAAGAGGCCCGCCACGAGAAGCAAGCAGCCCAGGACCACAGGGAUGAGAUGGAGGACGUGCUGAAGAACCUCCAGAAGCGCUACGAGAACGAAGUCCUUGGCAGAGAGGAGGCAGAAGGACGGCUCAUGGAUGCCAGGAAGGGAGCGGAUGAAGCUGCGUUGGGCCAGGCCGAGCUUGAGAAAAGGGUCGGCACCCUUCUGGACGAGCUGGCCUUCCUGAAGCGCCUCUGUGAGAGUGAGAUCGCAGAGCUGCAGGCCCAAAUUCAGUACAGCGUUGAGGUGGCCGUGGAGAUGGAGGUCUCCAAACCGGACCUCUCCGCCGCUCUCCGUGACAUUCGGGGCCAGUACGAGACGAUGGCACAACGCAACCUGCAAGCAGCAGAGGAUUGGUUCUGCAACAAGAUGAGCGUGAUGACGGUAGGCUCCACGCGCAGCACCGAGAGCGCACGCAGCGCCAAGGACGAGGCCGGAGAGUACCGCCGACUGCUCAAAGACAGAACCCUGGAGAUUGACGCCUGCCGGGAGAUGAUCCAGGCUCUGGAAAACCAGCUGCAGGAGGUGGAGGAGAAACAGAGCUGCGAGAUCUCUGCAAUGCAGGACACAAUAGGUCAACUGGAGGAGGAACUGAGGGCAAACAAGAAUGACAUGGCUCGCUACCUAAAAGACUAUCAAGACCUCUUGAACGUAAAGAUGGCACUGGAUAUUGAGAUUGCGGCAUAUAGGAAGCUUCUUGAAGGGGAGGAGAAUCGCUUGAACAUGCCAAAACAGGGAUCCUUCAGCAUUUAUUCUCAGGCCAUGGGGCCUGCUCCAGCCUACGGAAGAGCGCAGGUCUCCACCCAGUCUCUGUUGAGCUCUGCGGCUCCGUACCUGCUCAGCUCCCGCUUGUACUCUCCGUCGCUUUUCACUGAAGACGUGAUAACCGCAAGCCAAGCCCAGCAGGCGGAGUCCAGCCCUCCUCAAGAGGAAGAGGAGGAGGGAGAGCAGGUGGAAGAGGAGGAGAAGGAGGGAGAAGAGGAAGAAGUAGCAGAGGAGAAAGAGGACGAAGAAAAGGCUGAGGAGGAAGAGGGAGAAGAGGGGGAGGAAGCAGUAGAGAAAGAAGAAGAAGAGGGAGAAGAGGAAGGAAAAGGAGAAGAUGAAGAGGAUCACAAGGAGGAGGAGAGUAUAGACGGAAAAGAGGAGGAAGAAGGGGGAGAAGAAAGCCAACCCCAAGAGGAAGAUGACAGUGAGAAAAAAGAAGGCGAUGAAGAGGGUGCAAAGGAGGAGGAAGAAGGUGAAAAAGAAGCAGAAGAAGAGGUGGAAACCAAAGAGAAAUCCGCAAAAACAACUGAUAAAGUUUAGACUGACGAAUCAGUUUUCUGGUGCUCAAUACGUAGAGAAGCCUCAUCGGAAAAAAAAAAAGAAAAAAGAAAAGAAAAACAAAAUACACAAACCUCUUGAACUUGGAAUAUUCGGUCACUGAGGCCUCUGUAUGUUUUACUUGAAACACUAACAGCAUGUAUGCACAUGUUUACAUGGCAACAACAAAGGGAAAUAAUAAAGACAGGAGAUGUCAGGAAUAGACUCUGCUGUGUGUGGAUCUAUUCGCAGGUGCUUUAACUGUCACCAAAAAUGUGCUUAUCCAACUGUCUCUGGGUGCAACGCGCGGUUUAAAAAUGCCUUACCUCAACUCCCCACCGAGUGCUUUGAGUCUCAAAAUGUGCUGCAUUGAACCCCAAUAAAGCCUUGAAGCCUUGUCAA